ACAGUUUUGAAAAUCGUAGAUUCGCCCGCGCUCACCGCCCCGUUGGUCCUCGGCCGCGGCGAGCCCUGAAGACCGAGUCCAGCUGCUCGGGCCUGGCGGAGAGCUUCAUCUGCGGAGGCCGCGCACUGGGAUCGGAGUAGUCCGGAAAGACACGGCGCCGCCGGGUUUUUGUUCCUACCUUUACCAGAGAGUGCCACCAUGGGGACCACAGCCCCAGGGCCCAUUCACCUAUUGGAUCUAUGUGACCAGAAACUCUUGGACUUUGUCUGCAACAUAGACAACAAGGACUUAAUGUGGCUCAAGGAGAUUGAGGAGGAGGCUGAGCGCAUGUUCAUCAGAGAAUUCAGCAGUGAGCCAGAGCUGAUGCCCAAAACUCCUUCUCAGAAGAACCGUCGGAAGAAGAGACGGGUGUCUAACAUUCAGGAUGAAAACAGAGAUCCCAUGAGGAAAAGGUUAUCCCGGAGGAAGUCUCGGAGCAGCCAGCUAGGCACCCAGUGCCUCCGCAGCAAGGACAAGGUGGAGAAGCCGGCUACUAUUGCUGGGGAGAAUGGCUCCCCUGUGUUGCGGCGGGUAACGCGGGCUGCAGCGGCAGCAGCUGCAGCCUCUGUGGCAUCAGCUGCUUCCUCUCCCACUGCUGGGUCUCCUACAGUGAUCAAGAAAGCUGUGGUGGAGGUUAGCGCCAGAGAGCAACUGAAUGCAGAGCUGCGCCUCAUUCAUAUCAAAGACAGCCUUUCUCCACCCUCAGCCCUGGCUCCAGCCACUUCUUCAGCUUCCCAAGACACCCUGACAUCAGAGGAGGAAUCAACACCAAAGAAGUCAGAGGCAGGGAAGCUGGAAUCUGUUGCAGUGAGCUCCCUCAAGGCUACACCCCAGAGCCCCAAGAACAGAGGAGUUGGGGCAGGACGUUCUGUUUCGAAGCUCAAGAUUGCUCGGGCCUCCCAGGGCCUGCAGGACUCUCCAGACUCUCCAUGGCAGGAAAGGGUGCUUUCUCCUAUCCUCCCAAAUAACAGCUUGCCCACCACAGCCAAGAACCCUCUUGGGGAUGUUCAGUUAGUGCCGCUAGCCACAAAGUACUGUUUGGUGGCUGGACAAGAAAAUGCUAGUCGUAGGUCAAGCAGAAGACUUGCCAAGAAGGCUGACAAGGAACCAGAGGCCUCUGCCCGCAUUAUCUGUCACAGUUACCUGGAGAGACUCCUGAAUGUCGAAGUGCCUCAGAAAGUUGGCCUGGAGCAGGAGCCCAUUGAGGAGGCUGAACCCGAGGAAGCAGCAGAGGAGACAGAGGGCUCCAAGAACAGUGGCUGUACCUCGAAGCGCCACAGUGCCACCAAGAUUGUGAUUAGUACACCUACCUCAAAGCCUGUGGCCACUGAACAGGCAACAGCCAUUGAAGAGCAGCAAGAAGCCAAGCUUGACCAAACAGAUGGACACAGAAAAGCACCUCAGAGUGUCAGAAGGAAACGCAGCUACAAGCAGGCAAUGAGUGAACCAGAUGAGGAGCAGCCAGAGGAUGAGGAGCUUCAACCCCCCCGGAACAAGACCCCCUCCCCACCCUGUCCAGCCAACAAGGUGGUACGGCCCCUCCGGACUUUCUUGCACACAGUGCAGAAGAACCAGAUGCUCAUGACCCCUACUUUGGCCUCCCGUAGCAGUGUCAUGAAGUCCUUCAUUAAACGUAACACUCCACUCCGUGUGGACCCUAAGUGCAGCUUUGUUGAGAAGGAGCGCCAGCGCCUGGAGAACCUGCGGCGGAAGGAGGAGGCUGAGCAGCUGCGCAGACAGAAGGUGGAAGAGGACAAGCGACGGCGUCUGGAGGAGGUGAAGCUGAAACGUGAAGAGCGCCUCCGCAAAGUGAUGCAGGCCCGUGAGCGGGUGGAGCAGAUGAAGGAGGAAAAGAAGAAGCAGAUUGAGCAGAAGUUUGCCCAGAUUGAGGAGAAGACAGAGAAGGCUAAGGAGGAGCGGCUGGCAGAGAAGGCCAAGAAGAAGGCAGCUUCCAAGAAGAUGGAGGAGGUAGAGGCACGCAGGAAGCAGGAGGAGGAGGGACGCAGACUCAAGUUGCUCCAGCAGGUGCGACUACAGGAGGAAGAGGAGCGGCGGCAUCAAGAAAUGCUACAGCGGAAGAAGGAGGAGGAACAGGAGCGGCACAAGGCAGCUGAGGCCAGACGACUGGCAGAGCAGCGAGAGCAGGAACGGCAGCUGGCUGAGCAAGAGCUGCGAAAGGAGCAGGAACGCAAGAGGGAGCAGGAAUGUCUUCAGGCCAAGAGGGAGAUGCAGGAGAGAGAGAAAGCUCUGCGGCUACAGAAGGAACAACUUCAGAGGGAACUAGAGGAGAAGAAAAAGAAGGAAGAGCAGCAGCGCCUGGCUGAGCAGCGAAUGCAGGAAGAGCAGGCGAAGAAGGCCAAGGAGGCAGCAGCAGUCAGCAAGGUCCUGAAUGUGACUGUGGAUGUGCAGUCUCCUGUUUGUACUUCAUAUCAAAUGACUCCACAAGGACCCAAGUCCCACCCCAAGAUCAGCAUAGAUAAUUAUGGAAUGGACCUAAACAGUGAUGACUCCACGGAUGAUGAGGCUCAUCCCCGGAAACCCAUCCCUUCCUGGGCCAGAGGCACCCAGCUCAGCCAGGCCAUCAUCCACCAGUACUACCACCCCCCGAACCUUGCAGAGCUCUUUGGAACCAUUCUCCCACUGGACUUGGAGGACAUCUUUAAGAAGAGCAAACCCCGCUACCACAAGCGCACUAGCUCUGCUGCUUGGAACUCACCGCCUCUGAAAGCCAGUAGGGUUCCCAGCAGCCUGGCCUAUAGCCUGAAGAAGCCCUGAGGCAGCUCCUCAGCUCUCCUGGCAGGACUGGGGCUAUACGUGUGUGUGUGUGUGUGUCUGUCUGUCUGUCUGUCUGUCUGUCUGUCCGUCCGUCCGUCUGUCUGUUUCUGUGUUGGACUGGUGCCCUUCUGUCUGAUACACCAUUGUUCAGGUGGAUAUCAACACCCUCUGCCUGUCUGGUGCUGCCAGCCCUGUUUGGAGGAUGGGCUUGGUGGGCGGCUGGGGAAGAUCCAGGGUCAGCACUGAUUGGUCUGUAGGUAGUACUCUGUAAAUAAAUUGUUACAGCUCAGUUGACUUUUAGUUUCUAGUGUUUGGGAGGUAGUUUAAUAAAGUAUAUGCCUUGAAGCCUGAUGUGGCUGUUGUGAAGACUAGGGCUUCAGUGGGAUGUUGGCUGUAGCAGUGUGUCUUGGGCCUUCACCUGCAGUGUGCCUUAUGGUCACCUGGGGCCAGAUGGUGUUCCACCCAGACGUGCUGAUGCCCGACAAUCCAGUUUGUAAGUGGAGCCUAUUCUUUGGAAAGACCUGGCCUGUGACACAGCUUUGCCCUUUAGUCUUAGUCCUUCAGCCUGGCCACUCCUCAGACUCUGCCAUGCUUGCUGUGUGGGGAGUGGAAAGACUUGAGAAAGUCCUUGUGCUGGGAUCUGAUCAGGGAAGGAAUGCCCUUCAGGAUGACCUUGGGACCUGGGCAAGCAGGGGGAGAUUUCACCACAAAACCACCAGUAAGUACUUAGCUCAGUGCAGGGUGGCUCUGGUCCUGAUAGCUCCUGAUGCGCUUUCCCUUAGAACUGGGGUGAGCCACAGUUGUCUUGAACACACCUAUAGUAAGGCCCAUGGAUUUUCCCACUGCCUCCAGCUGUUCCACUCUAAGGGCAGUUAAAUUAUGUGACCCGAGAAGCUGACAAACUUACUAUGGAAACCUGUUCAGAAGACCUUUGCCAAUUGCUUUAGGUCAGAAUAAAGACUAAAUACAAAUGCAAUAGUGCUUUCAACAGUGAGGAAACAGUGAGCACAAUAGUCCAAGUCUAGAAGAUUCUUCACACACAGAGUUCAUUUAUGUGCAGUUUAUUCUGUUGAGUAAAGAGGAAGGCAGGUCUGUCCAAAACCACAAGCUCACUUGUCAGCACAUUUACUCAGUGCUUAGAAAAUCAACAGGAUGACAAUUAUGCCGAGUCUUUGCCAACAUUUGAUGUUUUCUGUAUUUUAGCCACCCUAAUGGCUGUAUGGAGAAACUUCAUCAUGGUUUUAAUUUGCAUUUUCCUAAUGGCUGUUGAUGAAUAUCAUUUCAGAUUCUUGUUUACCACCUUGGUAUUUUUUGUUGGCAACAGGUCUGUUCAAAUCCUUUGUUCAUUUUGAGGUGGAGUUUUUUACUGUGGAGUUUAGAAUACUUACAUGUUGUAGGAAUGCAGUCCUUGUCACAUGCGCUGUCCCCAGUCUAAACUGCAGUCUGUCAUUUCUGUUCUAACACUUUCACAUAGCACAAUUUCUGAUUUGGUGAGGUCUGUUUGUUACUUUAUGGAUUGUGCCAUUUUGAGGUCCUGUUUAAGAAAUCCGAAGAUUUCCUUCUGUGUUUCCUAAAAUAUUUCAUGAUUGACACAGUGCUUGAGGAUUUAUGAUCAUUUUCAGUUGACUGUUUAAACCACGGGGUGUCUGCUUUUUGUUUGUAUUUGAGAACAUGCAGAGGAUGUCUAAUUGUAGCACCAUUCAUUGAAGAGGCUCAUUUUCCACUGAGUUUCUUUUGCAUCUCUGUCAGGAAGCACAUUGGCACAGGCCCAUGUGCAGACUCUGCUCCAGCUCCACGACGAUGACCAGAACUUUUAGGAAGUCUUAAUCCAGUGCUUUAAUUCUUCUAGCUUUAUGUUUCCUUUUCUGAAUUUAUUUGACUUGUCUUUUACCUUUUCAUGUAAAUUUCAGGAUCAGCUAUAUGUAUAAAACUUCUCAGUUAUGACUGGACUUUCCUUGACUACAUAGAUAGUUGGAAGGGAGCUUGGCACACUUAAAAUAUUUUUUCGGUCUGUGAACAGCUUGUCUUUACAUCCUUGGCUUCUGUCAUCAACAUUUUAUGGUCUCAGCAUACAUUCUGUACAUUUUCUGUUGAAUAUUUAUUUUUGUGGUGUUGCUGUAAAUGGUAUUAUUUUUCUGAUUUUGGUUUAUAUGUGUUCAUUGUUGGUAUAUAGAAAUACAAUUGGCUUUUGCA